CCAUUAGCUCUUUUUUGACCAUUUCAAUCGGGAUGGAGGUGAUGAAACGCACAAUCACUCCAGCAGAGACAAAAGAAUACCUAUCAAAAAAUGGAAUCCCACAGUUAUUCGAGUGUCUCAUGACUGGGUUGAUGUAUCAUCGACCUACGGACUAUUUGAACUAUCUACAAGAAUGCCUUGAGAAAGUCAAGCGUAAGGGAGUGACCGAAGUCAGGUGGGAUUUAUUCCUCGAAAACCGAACGAGCCCACCACCUCCAGUAGUCACAAAAAGAGGUAUGACCAUUCCAACUGCUAAUGCGAAUUCUUCAGCCUUGAAUUCCAUGUCAAGCUACAUGCCCUUGCCUGGGAUAGACUCGUUAAAAGUGCGAAUUCGGCCAAAUGCGUCGAUCAUUUGCGUUUUGGGUGGACCAGGGGUGAAUAAAUCGAGUUAUUCUCAAGGACUAAUUAACCACUACCCGACUUUUGUCCAUAUUUCCAUGGGACACUUGUUACGUUGUCGAGCCAAACUGGAAGUCGAGCGCAAAGGGUCGAAAUGGACCAAGUCGGUGGAACAAAUUAACGCGGGUGAAUUACUACCCCAGGACAUGGUGAUCGAAUCACUCAUUUGGCAUUUGAACCAACACGCCGAUGCAUCCGGUUUUAUCAUUGAUGGAUUUCCACGUACGCAACAGCAGUAUGAAGAGUUCAAAGCUCACAUAAAUUUGGAGAAUCUGGCAUGUAUAUUUCUAAUUGACGCGACUGAGGAAUACUGUCAGCAACAGCUGGUUGAACGCGGUCAAUCGGAUGACUACUGGAAAGACUAUCUUCCAGCUGCGAUUGCAAAUCGCAUUUGCAUGUUCAAGUUGCAAACCCUGCCGAUGUGCAAAACCAUCGACGCUGACGGUAAACUAAGGGUGGUUGAUGGUGAGAUCAAACCGGAACACAUUGCUCGGGAUAUGCGAACUGUUUGUGAAUAUGUACUAUCCGGGAAAGUCACUGGUCCCAGCAGCAAACCCACUCCGGGAAGCGUGCCUGAUAGGCCCAUGACAAAGAUUGGCCACGGUAUGAUGGGGUGUCCAGGUCAACCUCCGGUGUUUAACAUCCCGCGUAUUGUACCAGCUUUCGCGGACAAUGGCCGUGUUGAAGAUUUACCCACGUGUCCCAUCAUUUUGCUAUUUGGUGGUCCCGGCUCUGGAAGAAGUGAACAAGCUCGAGCUCUUUGUGAAAGGCUUCCCGGUUUAAAGCACUUUAAUGUGACUGAAUUUCUGCGGAAUCGUGUUCUGGAUCACAUUGAAGGUGACAGCCAAAAAGACUGGGAUGUUGUCGCUCGGCGGGUUCACAGCAGCGAUCCACCAAUGCCAAAGGAUCGUAUUAUUCCAGAAUAUUGGAACGUGCAAGUCGACAUACUCAGACAAGAAUUUAACACUGUUGCUGAAAACACCAAGGCUGUUGUUAUAGAAGGAUUUCCGAAUGAUGAGACACAGCUGAACAUUUUCAAUCAGCAUAUUGGCGGCGCCGACUUGGCUGUUUUACUUGACUGCGAAGAGAACACACUGCAGAAACGUUUAUUGAAGCGAUACACCAGGUUGUCCAGGACAGAGGACGAGGAGACUGUAGCAUUGCACAGAAUUCUCUUCUUUAAACAUUGCACGCUUCCAGUUAUCCGCCACUAUGAUGAGCGCAGCACUCUGGUUACGAUCCCUGCCGAUCGGGACCAAGAAUUGGUUUUAAAUGAUGUGGUAACGGUUGUAGAAUAUUUCCUUGGCAAGCAAGAAUGUCAAAACAAUAAUUCUGCCGUUACGGUACCUUCACACGAAAUACAACCUUUGAGUGAAGAAACUAAGUCUCCAAAUGGAGUCGUCGGAGGCCAUCCGUCGGAACCUGUUGUGAUCUUUGUCGUCGGCGAUCCACAAAGCGGGAAAACAACACAGGCCCGGAAGUUGGCAGAACAUUUUGGCUACAACUAUUGCCUUUAUAAAGUGAUCGAAUACGAAUCAGGUUCUGUGAAACCGUUCCUGUGGAAACAUUUCUAUGAAAACGGCAGUUUUCUCAAGGGGCUCGUGGUUGACGAACUUCCCUUUGCAACAAAGGAGAAACUCACGGUUGAAAAAGAGCUCUCUUCUGGAAUGGUUUUGAUGCUGAGUAGACCAGAAGAACUUUCUCAGGAUUCGGGAAGACCCGACGAUGCACAGACAAAUGAACGUGAACAAAACACGUCUAUCGCUUUGGACACCGAACAACCGCCAAACCAAGUGAAAGUCUUUAAAGUCCAAAUAUCACCGAAUCCGGAAGACACUUUCCAGAACAUACUUUCACAACUGAGAGGAUGUUUGUCUGGUAGUACUCCCGCACGAGACGUUUGAAACCUCAAAUUGUGCUCAAUAGGAAAUCAGGUUCUUUAUUUAAAGACAACAUGACAAGUGCCAUGCACCACCUUAUCGCAAUCUCUUCAAUCUGACAACAUACCCUUUUGACCGUAUAAGGGUUUACGGCCUGCGGUUCCAGAAGCCUCACGCUUUCAUCUCCUUUGUUAUAACGUGUGGAAGCUGUCCCAAUCCAAACGCAUUUUCUUUUUUUCUCGUAUCUUAUUUGUCUGCCAUGUACAUGGCGUUUUUGAACUUUUCAUCAUUCAUUUACUUUUUAUGCUUGCACUGUUUGCCUUUUAUGCAUGCCGCAUAAAUACAUCACCUUUCC